AUGGAGACACACGACAUCCCCAUCAGCCGAGUCGUGAGCAUCGAGCACCCGAGCAUCGUUAGGACCUGUCAUGUCGGCCUGAAGUCCCUCGGCGGCGAAGCCCAGUUGAAGCACGUGAGUGGUAGCGUUGGCGGAACGGCUGAGAUGCCCACCAUCUCACCCUCGGGUAGGUCCUCGAGCACCAUGUCGGUGACUCCAAACUGCAUGGCAAACAAAAUCAUCUGCCAGAACCCGUCGCCGGUGUCUCGCUGCGUCCCAAUGACCCGCUCGCGAAGAAACUCUCGUCAACCGGUAUCGAGUCUCGCAAUGUUCUCGUCAAGGUGACUGUGCCCAAGCGGACAGGUCGGAAGCGAAAAAGAGGCUCCCUCGAGCCUUUUGCAGAAUCAGCACCGCCAGAGACGCCAAACAACUGCAUCACGGCACCUGAACUACUGCAACGCUUGCGCGAGAAUGAGGGCAAAUAUGAGGUCGAGCCAGUCGCCAUGUUGCGGGAGACUCACCGGUUCCGCACUCUCCCCGACUUUCAGGUUCGCAAUGCUGACCUGCCCAUCAUGCGUGAACUGCGAGAUCAUGCAAUGACUCCAGAUUACGACAAGCUCAAGCACUUUUCUGUCGACAUGUCCGUCGAUGCGAUCCCCACGGCGUUUCCUGGUCCGCCGAGUUUCACCAGCAUUGAUAUGCCGCACAAGUAUGAGUACCAGCAGGCUUCAUCUGUCAUCUACGUUCCCGACGAAAGUGGCCAGAUCAUUACGAAAAACUUGUCCGCUCCCCCCAAGCGCCUCACGUGGGGCCUCCCUCCGGACAUUGGCGAAGUGCCACAAGCUGCCCCAUUCGAGAUACCCACACGAAGUCCAAGCGGAGAAAUGCUUCCUCGAGCUGUCCAAGAACUCGAGAAGAUCCUCAAAGAUCGACCUCUAAUAACGAAACGAGUCGCUUUGAACGCACUGCCGCCCAUCAGCGAAUCCAUCUUUAAGGAGGCUACUCAAUUUGUCGGCUACAGCUUCAAAGCCGGCCCCUGGCGAGAUAGUCUAAUCAAAUACGGAGUCGACCCUCGGAAAGACCCGAAAUACCGAUUCUAUCAGACACUCAUGUUCCAAGUUGAUCAUGUAGCCUUCAACAAAGACAAGAGCAAACUCGGGACUCCCACAAGAACCGGCUCGACAUGGGCGCGACCCCUUCGACACAAGAAAGACGACCCCAACACACAUAUCUUUGAUGGUAAAUCGAUUACGGCCAAUGGCAAGACCUGGCAGAUAUGCGAUGUGACCGAUCCUGUGCUGCACGCUCUCUGGCACACCCCGAAUAUUCGCGCCGAAUGCGACGUCUACCAAUAUGGCUGGUAUCACAACGGCACCGUUGCGAAAGGUCGAACCAUCAUGCGGGAUAUGAUGCGGUUUCUGUUCGCAGGAGAGCCAACGCCCUUGGACGAGUAUAAGAAGAUCGCACAGAAGGUUCCAGAUCAAUUGACACCCAACAAUCUGGAGGCGGCGAUGUUGGCCGGUAAAGAACAUGGCGCAAGAAUUGGCCAAAUGUGUACCGAGAUCAGGGGCAUCGUCAAGGGCGGAGAGACGGUCAAGGGAAAGAAGAUCUAUUGGGGCAGGAAGAGCGGAAAGGUGGAUAGAGAUGGGAAUAUGCUUGAAAAUGUGGAAGAGGCCAGAGAGGCUGGCGCUGAAGCGGGAGAGGACGAGUAUGGAGAAACCGCCGGCCUUGACGAGGAACAGGACAUGGGUGAAGGAGACUUUGAACGCGACGAUGAAGUGAACGCAGAGCUGCUGGCGUCGCAAAGUCAUACCGGACGUCAGAGCGGCGAGCAGGAGGAAGAAGCCGAAGGAGAUCGUUUGGAUUAUGAAGAGGCUGGAGACGAUGAGGAUAUCCUGGAUCCUCAACUCCGAUCUUCUCAUCCGCGAGAUCGGAGCGGCACCAACGAGGAGACGCGACCGCCAAAUGGGAGUGCAGCUCCAAGUAGCGGAGAGCAGCAUCUUGACGCAGAAGAUGAAGGCAACGACGUCCAAAUACGAAGUCACGCAUAA